AAUGCUGUCUACAAGCACUGAGUCGUGUCCCCGCUCCCGUCGCACAGAGAUGACGCAGUCGACAGCGUAAGGGGAUAGACGUUACAUGCGUUUAGCCGCUUGUAAACACCGCGUUGCAGUGCGUAAACACCGAUGCGGUGAUACGCAGGACUUUCAGGAAAUAGUAACAAACGCGGACUCUACAGUUUCCCUUCAGUGUUGAUAAGCUAUCUGUGAGCCAUGGCAACUUGUGCCCCUAGAUUCACUUGGUGUGCCUGUCGCAAGCACAAGAUUCCCAUCAAGGACACCCAUGAGCUGUGUCUCCACUGCCUGGGCAUCCAGCACGCCAAGGAGGCUGUCCUGGAGUAUGGCAAAUGCCCCCACUGCGCCAAGAUGGACUGGAGCACUUGUAUCAACCGCCUAACCAAAGUGCAGGAGGUGAUGCACCGUGAAAGCCAGCAGAAGAAGAACACAGAGGCGAUACAGUCUGAAGUUCAGCCCAUGCCUGAGACUACGUCAGCUUCUGUGAGUGAAUCCAAGCCGACGUCGGACCCGGUUGCUUCCAUACCUGCGUCCCAUCUCCCUACAUCCAGCUCAGCCCAUCCAUCCACCAUGCCUGUUAUGUUCACCAUCCUCUCACCGCCCCCGUGUCAAACCGGGACCAGCGGCAGCAUGUCUAAAGGUUUAUUCCUGUCUCAGCUGGCUUUUCAGCAGCCUGCAGACUCCAACCCCACCACGAGCCAGCCAAGUUCACAUGCACUGCCAACAAGCUCCCACAAACGCCACCGUGUCUCCUCUCACCACUCUCGGUGCUCCAGAUGUUCCAAGCGGAGACGUGUUGUACACCAGCGGAGAUGUUCGUCCACGUCCUCUUCAUCCUCUCAGGGCUGGACAUCUGAUGACUCUUAUGUCUCGGGCGCGGGGAGGAGAUCUCAGAGAGGAUCUCGACGUAGGAGCGAGGCAGAGAGGAGGUGUGGGGAGUUGGUGGAAGUCGUGCAGCAGAAGUUAGAAGCCCAGCAGCGGGCUGUGCAGCUACAGUGGGCCCUUCUAGAAAAGCGCAUCGAGGCUCUUGAACGUAGAGGUAGCGAGGCAGCUUCAUCGGUCCACUCCCAAACUGCACACACGUAUACCUCAGCCUUUCCAGCGACUUCGUCUCAAGAACUGCAGACAGACAUUUCUGGUUUGGCAUCAGGGCAGCUGGUGACAGAGUCCACCUCGCAACCCAUCGUCAAGCAGGAGGAGCAGCCGUCCUCUGUCUCCUCUGCCUCCAGAGGGGAAGGGGAAGGAGAUGCUUCUCAGGCGGCUGAAGGCUCCAUCUCCAGUCAGGAUCUGCUCGAAGCCAAGGAGCUGCAGAGCCUCAUUGCACGAGCCGCCAGGUGUCUUGGCAUUGACUUCCCGAGCACAUCGUGUAACCCGUGCAGCCCACCCUCCCCCACCAUGCUGCCAGACUUUGAAAACCUGAUCCAGAGCAGCUGGCAGAAUCCAGCCAGCUCCAAGCCCUACAGGGAAGUCUUCUCCAAGAUGUACAGGCUCAAUGACUGCCAGUCUCCAUCUUACGACCACAUGCCCCAGGUCAGCUGCUUAAUGUCAGCCAUCUUCCAGGCCGCAAAGCCCACAGAGUGCAAGGAGAUCCUGGCACCACCUGAGCAGUGGCAGUUUGCUGAGAUGGUGGUAGAGAAGAUCUACCAAACUUCUGGCAUGCUGGCUAAGACAGCCAACUACCUGCGCUACCUGUCGGACUACCAGAGAAAGCUGCUGGUGGAGAUCACAGAGGACCACCCUGCCCAGCGCUUCGUGGAGGUUCUCAAUGAGCUGAAGCUUAUCGGACACUUCACCUUACAGCUGUCCUCACACCAGGCAGAACUGUCGGGCAGGGUCAUGUCAGCCUCUGUGGCCAUCCGGCGACAGGUGUGGAUGGCCAAAACCAACUACACCGACUCUCUGAAAGCCACAGUGGCUGACCUACCAUUUGUGGUCAGCCAUGCACCGCAGGGUUCCUCGGGGCCCAGCUCCUCAGGAACAGUGUGUAAACAAGAACCGGUAUGAUGGCUAGCUCUGCACUGGGUCGAAAGUUACCACACAUUUGUGCUAAUAUUGGCUAAUUAACUUUUGAAGGUAGGCUUUUCCUGUCGUGUAGACAUAAAUAUCCUCCAGGACUAGUAUGUGCUAAGUAAAUGUUUGGUUUUCCGUGCAAGUGUCUUUUUUUAAACAUGGCAGUUGGAUUAUUCAGAUUUGGUCAUCAUUGCUCUGUGAUGUUGAGUUUUUUUUUUUUUUUAAUUACAUAUGUGAUCCAUUUAACCGGAGUGAAAUUUAUGUGCACCAAGAACUUGUUCUUAAUGAUUUGCCUGGUUAAAUAAAGGUUAAAUAAAUAAAUAAUAAAACAAUAAUUGCAUAACUAUAAGGCCAAAUUCGGUGGCAUCCACUAACAGUGCAUUUUUUUUUUUUUUAUUUUAUUUUAUUUUAUUUUAUUUUUGUUUCAAUAUUUAAUAAAGUUCAACAGGUUCAUA